UACUCGAAUAUUCAGAAAAGUCGGAUUCAAUAAAAAAAAAAAAACACAUUUCCACUAAAGCUACGAAAAGGGGCGGUGGACAGGAGAAAUGGUAGUCUAGUCUAGUCUAGCACCAGUCUCUUGCUCUUAAAUUAACCCCUCUCCUUUCAUUAAUCAAAGAAGAAACAAAAUGCAUUCGUUCGGCUAUAGAGCCAACGCGUUGGUGACCUUUGCCGUAACGAUUCUGGCCCUUAUGUGCGGCAUGGCCUCUCUAUCCGACAACUUCAACUCCCCCUCUCCCUCUGCGCAUGUCCAGGUGUUGAACAUCAACUGGUUUCAAAAACAGCCCAAGGCCAACGACGAGGUGAGCAUGACAUUGAAUAUUUCAGCAGAUUUGCAGUCUCUUUUCACAUGGAACACAAAACAGGUUUUUGUUUUUCUAGCUGCUGAGUAUGAAACUCCUAAGAAUUCCUUGAAUCAGAUAUCUCUAUGGGAUGGCAUCAUUCCCAAUAAAGAGCAUGCAAAGUUUUGGAUUCAUACAUCAAAUAAGUACCGAUUCAUUGACCAGGGUAGCAAUUUGCGUGGCAAAGAAUAUAACCUAACCAUGCAUUGGCAUGUUAUGCCGAAGACGGGCAAAAUGUUGGCAGAUAAAAUAGUCAUGCCAGGUUACCGGUUGCCAGAGGAAUAUAGAUGAUGCCUUCUUGUCAUGUUAAUUAUUUUGCUGUAACUUUAACCUUUUCUAUAACUGAUAUAGAAGGUUAGUUCAAAGAACUAGAAUCAAGGAUUGUGUUUUCGUAAGUGAAAUCAAAUAGCGUUUAAAUGAAUACUUGGAAAUUGGAAGUUUGACUGUUCAAUUUU